AUGUGUAUAGACCCAGAGAUAGUAAAUCCAAAUUCAAGCCACAUACCUGAAUGUCAAUCUAUUAAUGAAUCAGAUCCUAAUAGACAAGAUACACAACAUAAGGCGAAAGGCAAAAAAGUGCGGAAAGAGCAGUCAGAAGAAGAUUAUCUUUCCCAGAAGCUGCAAUUCUAUAGUACCGGGCCUACACUAAAUACUGAGGACUGGCUCUACAAUCCAGAAGAAUUAAACCAGCUAGACAAUUCCAAAAAGACUGAUAGGGUAAGAAUGCUAAAUGCAUGUGAAAAGUCAUACUAUCAAAAGGAUUAUAACAAGUGCCUUGAUUUGAUAAGGAGAGCAGAGUCGUUAUUUGAGGUACAGUUAGAUAAUGAAGAAGAAAACGAAGACAUCAAAAGUGAUUUCGAAUCAUCGGGUAAGAAAACUAGAAAAAGUGCUAAGGUCGACAGACACAUUGUAGAGUUAUUGCAUAUUAAAGAGCGUUGCCUUGAAAAAGUAAAUAUCUGA